AAAUUAGAAUGGACUGAUCCAAAAGCCAAAUUAUGUGCUGUCUGCUCUUCUGCACACCACAAUGCUACUACAUGCCCGAGACGUCGUCAGUCUCCCAAGGAUCGCAAUAUGCAGAAUCUUUACCAGC